UCAGAGCUUCAGGUUCUCCUCCCCAUGGACACCCACUCUCAGUCUCCCCCGCUGCCAACUGCCACCGACGACGGCCUCUCGGCCGAAGAGCUCGCCGCCGCUGCGGCCACUGCUGAUGCGCGCCCUCGCGCCUCUCUCACUCCUGACUCAUCUCUCUCCUCUGGCGGUCUGCCCCUCGCACCUAUCCCACCCAACCCACCCCCACCACCGAUGCCUCUCUCCGUGCCUGGCGUUGCCGCACCCACCGGUGGUCUCCCUGCUAGCAUCACCCAUAUCGUCGACUUCAAGCUGGCCCUCGACGGCUCCAACUUCGCCCGGUGGAGGAACUACAUCAACCUCAUCCUCGCCCGGCACCACGCCGAGGCGCACGUACAAGCCGGCGCCGCCGCCCGCCUCUCUGACUCGCUCUGGCGGGAUGACGACAACACGAUCGUCCUGUGGUUCUACUCCACCGUCGCCGCCGAUCUCCUCGACAUCGUCGCGCCCGCCGACUCCACCGCCUUCACGAUCUGGAAACGCCUCCAUGAGUACUUCCUCGUGAACAAGGCUGAGCUCGCCAUGUAUCUCGGCCAAGAAUUCCGAUCGGCCGUGCGCGGCGACCGCUCCAUCAACGAGUACUGCCGCCACCUCCAAGGCAUCGCUGCUGCCCUCGCCGACGUCCGGGAGCCCGUCACGGACCGCACUCUCACUCUGCAGAUGUUGGACGGCCUCGGUAAGAAGUUUGAACUCCAGGCCGCCAUUCUUCAGUCCACCAUGCCGCUGCCGACCUUCGCCCAGGCUCGUUCUCGCCUCGUCCUCGCCGAACUCGCCCUCGACAAGCGGGCCCGCACGGAAGGGGCUCAGGUCCUCGCCGUCCAUGACGAGCGUGGUGGUGGCGGCCGCAGUGACCGCGUUGAUCGCGGCGGCGGCGGCGGCGGAAGCGGCGACGCUCCUCCCGCCGCAGGCAGACGGGGGCCCCAACUCGGCGGAGGCGGAGGCGGACGCGGGCGCGGCCGCGGCCGUGGUCGCGGUGACGCCCUUGGCGGCGGACGGGGCUCCCAGCAGCCAUGGCUGGGGUACUUUGCCCCCAUGGGGCUGCCCUUCCCACCCCCGCGUGCGCCCUGGGUGCCUCCCAACUCGGCCAGUGUCCUCGGCCCUCGGCCCGGCGUAUCACACCAUGCCUAUCCAGUGCUGCUUCCGCCCGCUCCACUCCCGUCCGCACCACCUGCCCACUACACCGCCUCGCCGUACUCCUGGGAUGCCGCAGCCAUGUACCAGGCUGCUCCAAGCCAUGGCGCUGCGUUUCCUCCCCACGCCGAGUGGAUAAUGGACACGGGCGCCUCUUCCCACGUCACCGGGGACCCAGGAUCUUCGAACCAAGGUGGUGCUUCUGAGGUGCAAUAGUUCCGGCGAUCUCUACCGCUUCACCGGUGACCAUAGCAGUACUCUCCCGGAGGCUUUCACUGUUUCGUAUUCGGAUAUUUGGCAUAAAAGGCUCGGGCACCCCGGCGUUUCGUCCUUAGCUUAUUUUCCCUUUGAUGUUCCCACUACAUGUAAUAAAAGUUCUCCAUCGCCAUUAUGUACCGCUUGCCAAUUAGGCAAACACACUCGUCUCCCCUUCUCUACCUCCACUUCUUAUACCACCGCACCAUUCCAAUUAUUACAUUGUGAUUUAUG